AUGAAGAAUGAAGAUUAUGAUGCUUCCUCAUUGGAUUAUACCAAAGAUAUAAUUUUUGGUUGUUUUCCUCGUGGCUCUUUGGAUAUACAUUUGGAAUGGGUCAAAGAAAAGUUGCAAGGUGAAAGUAACCUUGAAUCACUUCAAAAGGUUGCCAAAAAUGGAUACAAGUUGUAUUGCAAAUCAAAACCCAUAGCUGCCUCAGAAAGUUAUAAAAGAACUAAGGAGCUUGUUGAAAAAAUGGUUUUCACUGAAGUUCAUCCUCUUUUUGUUGAUAAAGUUGAUCCAAAUGAAAAAGAAUGUCAGAAUCUUAUUAAAAAAAUAUCAAACUUUCGUCCACAUGAGACUAUAUUUGAAAUGGGAAGUCGAGGAAAUAAACAAUCUAUGGGUGCUCAAAUUAUGAAGAAACGUCAUGAUGCUUCUUCAAAAAGAAAAUCUGAUGAAUUUGAUAUUAAGAAGGAAGAAGAAAAUAAUAAUAAUUCAAAAACAUCAAAGCGGAAGGCUAACAGUGAUGUUGAUAAAAAAUCAAAGAAAUCAAAAAUUGACAAUUAUCGCGAUGAAGAACAUUAUAUAUCACAUUAUCAAAAAGAUGCAAACACAGAAAAAGGUUAUUCAGUGAACCAGGGUGCAUUAUUUAUUGAGGAAGCACAAAGAGCCAUGUUAGAUCAACAGAAUGAUGAACAUGUUCCUGAAUUAAACAAAAGAAAGGUUUUAACAUGGAACAGUAAAAAGAAAACAUUUUUACGAGGUGGUGGUAUUGGAUCUGACAAUAAAAAAUUAAUCAAAACUGAAAGUGGUGUAAAGUUACCUGCUACUUAUAAAAGUGGAAGGUUAGUUAUUCCAGUUAUUCCAAUUGUUGUAAAUGGCACUAGUGAAACUGGGUCAGGUUAUAGUACUAAUUAUAAUCCAAAUGAUCAAAUGUGA